AUGCCAGCCCCAGUCCCACAAAACCUGAUAGACAGUACCAAAAGCUUGAGGUUGAAUAGUCCGCAAAACCCCAAUUUAGCCACAGGCGAGUUCACGCAAACUUUGAGCCCUUUGACUGACUUUGUACCCACGACUUUCCCAUCCUCGAGUUUGCUUGACACCCCCAACCUUCUUGACUCAUCCCACAGCCCAGCUGACUCAACCACAGUGGACGAUGCUAGGUUCUCUCACGCAGAUAUUUUAGCUUCGGCAGCAGGAAUCCUUGAGCGAUCCCACAAGAUCAAACAUAUCACCAACCGCAUCGACCGACUCCUAAAUACCACCACCCCAGGCAGAAUGGCAGACAUCGUAGCACAACCUCCGUUGAUGCCCUUGAAUGGCCACACGACAGCUCCGACCUUCAACCCAGAACAGCCAAGAACACUCAAAAGGUUCUUUAGAAAUCUUGAGGAGCUAUUUGACAAAUGCAAAGUAAUGACCGAGUCCGCCAAGAAGGCAAAAGUUGUCUACUACCCGCCGAUCAACACAGCCGACCUCUGGGAAACUCUACCAGCAUAUGUGAAUCUGCUGGUGACCUACAAUGACUUCAAAAAGCAGAUCCGAGACCUAUACCCAGGUUGCAAGGAUGAUCAAAAGUUCUCGAUCGCCAACCUUGAUCAACUCAUUGGAGAGCACGCUCGAAACGGAGUGAAGUCCGCUGUUGAUUUAGGAAACUUUUACUGCAAUUUCAUUGCAAUCACUACUCACCUCAUCACUAAGCAGCAACUCUUGACUAUUCAGCAGAGCAAAGCAUACAUUAAGGUCUUCCCAGCGUUGGUACUACAGAAAAUCGAGAAUCAACUUGCACUGAAACACCCCAACCACUAUCCCAACGACCCCUACGCCAUUGAAGAUCUACAUGUGGCAGCGCAAUUUGUGCUUCAUGGGACAGCCAGUUGCGCGGCGACUACGAAGGCAACAACGAGUUCAAACUCAACGAUAAAAACUGAAGGACCUCCAAUACAUUAUGGACAUCUGGUCGAAGACAAUGCAACCACUUCUCCACUUUUUAGCUCACGCUCCAACCCCGCAGCAGGCAUCGAGCAACUCAACGACUGUCAUGCCGCCAACUCAAGUGACUCAGGACGGAGGACCGCAGUAUUGUCAUUAUUGCGGCAAUACAUACAGGCUGGGAAGGUGAAAAAGAACACCAAAGGGAAGGUCGUGCUUUUGACAGGUAGCUUCAUACCUCGAAGCAUUCCAGGUGUCACGAUUUGCUAUUGA